AACGACAUUUAAUGACAGAUGCAGCUGACAGUUCAUAUUUAACAUCGGAUUUGGAUUAGUUGUUGAUGCCGUUACGAGAAAAUGUUCUUGCCUUGCAUUUCGCAAGUGACUUAACUGUAGGCGAUUCAUUCAAACAAGCCAAUUAUUUUUUAACUACUUAGUAUAGUUUCGUUAAUUUUUUUAAUUUUUGAGGGCAAUAUCUUUUAGCACAUGUAAGCAGCUGCGGGAAACCUUGUCCUCAUUUCAAACGGUAUGUCACGAAGUGGAAAUAGUGCAAAACAGAACAAAAAUUGUUACAUGGGAUGAAUGAGGAGGAUCUUCUUAAAAGGUCUGCUGAAGAGCGAGAAAAAAUAUUUAAACGUUAUGAACAAGGAAGAGAGGGUGCUGAAAUCGAUCCUUGGGAGGAUCCAGGAUUUGAAGUAUAUCAUGCCACAGACAGAUAUGGUUUCAUCCAUGAUAAACGUUUACCAUCCAAAGUGGAUCCGCAGGAAGCAAAGAAGCUCCAGAUUGAAGUAGAACGUCAAAAAAAGUGGGUCAAAAUGUUGAGAAACUGGGAAACUGGUAGUGUUAAGGAAAAACUUCAUUCUCGUGUUUAUAAAGGCAUUCCAAACUCUCUACGCAGCGAUGCUUGGUGUAAAUUGUUGCAAGUGGAAAAAGUAAAAAAAGAAAACAUGGGGAAGUACACUGAGAUGAUGAAACUAGCCCGAAAAUAUUCUACGGACGCUAGGCAAAUAGAUUCAGAUGUAAAUAGACAGUUCAGAGAGCAUUUGCAUUAUCGUGAGAGAUACAGCAUCAAGCAGCAAUCUUUGUUUAAUGUUCUUACGGCCUAUGCAAUGUACAACUCAGAAGUAGGAUAUUGCCAAGGUAUGUCUGGUCUGGCCGGAGUUUUAUUGAUGUAUAUGGAUGAGGAAGAUGCAUUUUGGGCCGUACAUAUUCUGCUAUCAGACCCUAAAUAUGCUAUGCAUGGAUUGUACAAAGAAGGUUUUCCUAAGUUGACUAGAUUUUUGGCACAUCAUGAUAAAAUUCUCACUAAGUUACUGCCAAAAGUGAAGAAGCACUUUGACAAGCAUGGGUUGGAUGCCAUUUUGUACUCCCUGAAAUGGUUUUUUGUCUGUUUUAUCGAAAGGGUACCUUUUAGUUUAUGUUUGAGGAUUUGGGAUAUUUACUUAUUAGAUGGCGAGCGGGUAGUUACUGCAAUGGCUUAUACAAUACUCAAGCUACAUAAACGAAAUUUACUAAAAUUUAAUGACAUGGACUCUAUUGUACAUUUCAUUCAGGUUAAGUUAUACAAGGAUUUUUUAUACGACGACGAUACUGUUGUUAGACAAUUGGAGCAUAACAUGGACGAACUUAAGAGGCAUAAAUUGGACCAUCCGGGUCCUCCGAGCAGCGAUGAGUUGCCUACGCGGCCAUUUGGUCUAUUUAAGGAACCCACUUUCGAUCAAAUCGUUGGAUUUCGAGCGGAGAAGUUUAGUGAAAAGGAAAAGCAAACUCAAGAAAUAGUGACCCUGACUAGCGAUGCCGCGCGAGAAACUACUGAAAGAGACAAGGAGAGCCAUCUAUCGGUAGGAGAUUCAGUCGGAUUCGCAGAAAUUGCCGGCCAGGAUUUUCCAGAAAACUUAUGGAAAUUUUUGAACCACGGUUACACGAUUUUAGAAAAUACGAGCGCAACUGGCGAGGACAUUUCCGAAAAAUUUGGUUACUUACCAGGAUCAAAAUUUUCAUUUGAUCCGAGCCUGGACGAUGCCAGCUCUCUCCUAGAUUGCGACCAUACUGGCUCCAGAAGAUCGUUAGCGGACACUAGCGUAACAUCGACCGCAGAUUUAUCUGUGUUUUCAACGGUAACCAGAUCGCAGGCUCACGAGAAUAGCUUGGAUACUCACAGCAACAUGUCGGAUAACUCGGUGGGAGCCGCCAGCUCAGUUGGCUCAGGCUUUCACUUUACAGGCAUAGCGGGUUUGCCAAAACCAUUUAGCACUCAAUCUACCCCAAGAGCCACCCCGCAUAAUCCAAGCCCCGAUGUCUUGCGAAUAUACGUUCCCUACUCACCUUUGGAUACGCCCAUACCGAGCCCCCAUAACGGGGACUUGCCCAAAAUGUACCCCAGUUCUUUUCCUGAAAUGAACAAAAUUAGAAUCAGGAUAGAUAAUGACGAACUGGCCACUCCUCUAGUGGAACACGGUCAAAUUAAGCAUUUUAGAUUGGAGAAUCCCGAGAUAGAUUUAAAAUAAAACGGAACAAUAAUAUCGAGUCUAUGUUUGCUUCAACGAGAAAUAUUUGUAUUUAUCGGUUUAUUCGUCGUUUGGGAAAAACCAAACCAGAAUAAACGAGAUAAAAAAAAAGAUACAUCGACCACCCAACAAAUGUUUUUUGCAGUUGUCGGUCUAUUUUGUCUGCAUUUUAAUUCUAGUCUAAGUUAUGUAAGACAAUAUCCAAAAUCUAUAAUACCGACGGCAUUUUUGUUUUUUGUCUAUACUGUUUGCGGUCACGUUAACAACAGGGUUAUUUGUCUUAUUCGUUGUCCAACAGUGUUCGGAGCAAUAGUUGGUGUCAGAAACAAUAACAAAUACCAGCCUUGGUCAACAUUACUCUAUAAAUGCGUUCCGAGUUUACAGAAAGCCAAUAAAAAGGAAUGUUGUAGAUUCCCUGUAACUAUCGGAUCUCUGUUUACCAGCACCACCUAGAGUUACAGGACUAACUAAUUUUAGCAGAAAAUUUCAACGAACAGUUUCUUAAAAUGAUACAAAAAAAAUACACAACCGCAAUGCUUUCUAAUUAAUAUCGCUAAAAAGCAAAAAACUGGGUAGUGUUCCAGUUUUCUGUAUCCAUUUUGAUAGCUCUAAGUUGCGUUACGGCCAUAGUAUAAUUGUUUGCUUAUUAUUCUGGUACAAUCCGCGACUCUCUUUUUAUUAGUUGCCUCUACGAUUCCAACCCAGUCCAAGACUGUUAUCCGACGAUCGUGUAUGUGUUUUACCAUUUAUAGUGCAAAUUUAGCGUAUUCAUAUAUAUUUUUAGUGUGUUUAUUAUUUAAUCUAUCAUUUUUACGCUUUAUAAGGCUAUUGGAUUAAAUUUUGCUAAAGGAUAAAUGAAGAUCAUAUAGAAUUUGUGUAGAGAAAUUAAAAAGAUUUGUAAGGGAACGUAAUAACUUUAAGAUAUCUUAGCAUUUUUUCGUUUUUCCUGUAAUAACUAAUUCAUUGCGAUUAUUUCGCAGUAGACAUCCCCGAAAUAAUCUGUAAAAGCAGCAUGGAACGUUUAUUACUUUUAGUUCGUACACGCCUUGAGAGCUUGUUGGAACAAACCUUCAAUUUUUUUUUAAGGGAAACGCCAUCGGGUCGUGUAAAAAAAAUCGUUUUUUGUGACUUCUUUAAAUUACAAGAAAUAUUGUUCUGAUGUAGGCUGAAUAAUGUGAAUAAUCCUGUUGCGAACCAGUUACCAAUUAUUUCGAAAGAGAUCUGUUCUUGCAGUUUUAAAAUUUGUAUUUUUUUAGAAGUUAAUAUUAUUAAUAAUUAUCAAAUGGUACAUUCGUGAACAUACUUCAAAUUAUUCUAUGUAAGUGUUCAUUAUACUCUAUACUAAUAUUUAUUUCGUAGAGUUAUAGAAAUUGUACAUACAUUAAAAGAUUACAAAAUUGCUGGAAUUUAAAAACGUGUAUUUUUUUAUUGAUUCUUUUAGACCAAACUGAACAAAUGUGUAAAAUGUUAUUGUUACAUUACCUAUGUAAAAAUUAUGAAAGUAGGCAAUAACUUUCUCUUGUCCGAUAUUAAUUGUAAAUUUCGAAAAACUCAUUAGAAAUAUUGUAAUUAGCUAUUCAAGAAUCCGUGCUUCGAUUAAAAUAUAUGUAUAGUGUAAUAGGCUUACCCCAAUUUCCAUAGUAAAUAAGAUUGUUUAAUUAGAAGAAAUUUUAAAGUUUAGAACGUCCUAACAGUUUUAAAUGUCAUAUUUUCUCCAUGAUUCUAUUAACAUACCUACGUAGUUCGAUAUUUAUGAAAUAUAUAUGUGGUUACUGUGCCAUAACCAAAAACUCCGUUUUCUUGCAAUGAAUUAAAUUAUAUUCAGGUCGUUUGUUCAUGUAGUUCUUUGUUUACACAUUUUUCUUUGCCUUUUAUAAACGAGUAGAUAGUAGGUACUCGGCUGAAAAUGGGUGCUCGGAAAAAACACCUAAGAAUAAAUACACACUAACUAAAAAAUUAUUUGUAUUUCAAAAAUGUCAAUUGAUUAAUGGCUUUCAUUUUA